AUGGACGGCGGAGAGAGCAGCGGCGACGGCGGCAAGCCGUCGACCAUUGACGAACUUUCUUCCCGGAGCUCAUCUUCGGGUCCUCCCCUCACCCAGCCCCUUCUCUUCAAGCCAUCGCCGUCUCCAGAUUUCGCCUCAAUCGAAGAGUACACAGCAACACAUCCGUCAUUUGUCCCUCCGGAAGAAGAUUCCGUCCAGUAUCCCCCAAUCUCCUUCCAGGAAGGUCCCCGGCCCUUCCGAGACCUUUCCUUCCUCAUUCUCUUCCUCCUCUUCUCCGUCGCCACUAUCGCUCUCGGAAUCUGCGCGGUCGCGCUCCGCAAUCCCAAUUUCUCUCGCGUUUCUUCCUUCUCCUUCGAUUCCAAUUCAUCUUCCUGCGUCCUGUCCGGCUCUUCCUCCUCCGAAGUUUCAUCUCCAUGGAUCCCCCGUCUGGAUUCGUCCCUCUACUCUUCUUCCUCCCUGGUGAAGGACCUCGUGUGGACCCUCGUGAUCACCUUCAUCCUCAGCAUCCCCAUCCUCUUUCUCCUCCUAUGGAUUCUUAAGCACUAUGCCAAACAAAUUGUGUACGGUUCCCUCCCGUUCUUUGUGCUCAUCCCGACCUUCCUCAACGUGUACUGGUUCGUCGCCUGCACACUGGGGAGCACCUGCAAGGAAUUCCUCCCUCUGGCCUCCCGCAUCCUUGUGCUUGUCUUCAUUUUUCUCCUGAUUGGGGUAGUCGUGUGGAUUAUUGUUGCGAAUUGGCAUCGCAUCGAGCUGACGAGCAGAAUCGUCGGCGUUGCCGCCCAUGCAUUGUCGAAUAACCUGGAGCUUUUGGCGGUGCUUCCAUCCUUGAGCUUGGGGCUCGUUAUUUACUAUGUGCCACUGGUGAUUUUCUUGGUGUUCGCCCGGCAGAAUGGAAAGAUUGUGGCUAGGAGUUCAAGUGAAGGGUAUUAUUGCACGUGGAAGCAGCACAGCUGGGUGCCGGCAUAUUUUACUCUGGGAAUCCUCACAAUGCUAUGGUCAUUGACGGUAAUGGUAGAGACUCAAGUGUAUGUCGUCAGCGGAACAGUCGCGCAGUGGUAUUUCUCCAGGGAGGGUAAGAGACCUCGCAGGAUCAUAAGGAGUUCUUUAAGGUAACGGAUAAUUGAAAUUGAACAACCAGAUUGAUUUUCUUCAGUAUCUUAGAUGUGACUGCUACUUAUCCACUUCGAUCUUAUUGAUUGCGGGUUCUAUUCUAUAACUUAUCAAAUCCUGCCACUGAAGAAUUAAUUUGAAGCUAUGCACAGAAAGGGGGUUGUCUGCUGGCUUGGCGAAAAAAACCCCACCUCUAUGUGUGAUCAUAUACCUUGAAUUCUCAACUGCACAGUAUCGAUGUGUGAUCAUUGUCUAGUUGUAUUGCCAUUUUUUUGUGAAAUUCGUCCGGAAAUUCAAGCUUUUUCUGUAAGUUUUGCCGUUCCUAUUGUCUCAAAAUCUUUGUUUACUCUUUUUCUGCCCCUGUAAAGUUUCAUUCCAUUGCAUGUCGUUUUUAGGAUUUCAAUUGAAUGCGAAGGAUGGUUAGUCGUCCACAGUCUCAUUUUGAGCUCCGUGGUGAAAAAUGAGGAAUUUUUCUCAUUGGGUAAUACAAAAAGACUGCAGAAUUAUCUACACUGAUGAUGUUUUGUUCAUGCAUAUAAGAUUUCGGUUGCUAAGUGUCAUAAUGCGAAGCAUCCUAAAUUCUUCCUUCAUAUUACAAGUCCAUUCGACACAUAUUACAUAGAUGGGUCUCUUCUCAACGUUUAGGUUACUAAACAGAGGACAUUAAAUGAAAUUUUGAUGGUUAGCUGCUGGCAUGGUUUUACGAAAAUUAAGCCUGGUGCAACUUUCCUGAAAAAAGCGUGUAUUCUUGAAGAUGAAUGCUUAGAAGAAGACAUCUCAUCGUAAAUGAAAUUGUGAUGGCCCCAGGAUCAGGAGCAAGCUGAAAAAAUAACAUAACUUGUCUCCUAGAAGAAUUGGUGCGAAUUUCCUUUUAUUUUAAAAAAGAAGCGUAUUCUCAAAGGCGGAUGGUUAGAAGACAGCAUCUCAUUGCAAUAAAAUUGUGAAUACCUUAGGACCAGGAUUAUGUUGACAAUCUCCAAAGCCAGAUGAAAUCAUGUACUUGAUAGAAAUUGGGGGUAAUAUAGUCCCUAGGUAAAGGCUAGCCCAUCCAACUUUUGACGCAGAUAUAAAUGAAGAAUACUGAAAUUUUACGGAUUCGUUGCGAAAAUUGUUCUGGAUGAAAUUAUAAAAUCUUUUUUAGGUUGAGACUGAAUAUUCGUGAAUGCCGUCUACUCCUUCGAAAAUGAGUAGAUAAACUUACAUCUAUCCUUUCUUCUGCUCUUUUCCAUUACUUAUCUGCUUUGCCAUGCAAUUUUAGUCUUUAAUUGAAGUUUCUGCAGAAAUGCCUUUGGCCCGUCGUCCGGUACUGUGUGCUUUUCGGGUUUGAUAAUGAGUGGUAUACGUGUAGUCCGUGCCAUUGUUGAUAGCGCCAAUCUAGAGGAUGGGACUCGUGGGAUCGUGAACGUUAUGCUCAAGUGUUGUGCGAACCUACUUCUCUCUGCGAUCCAUUUUGUCAACAAGUUCACAAUAAAUUUUGCCGCAAUAACUGGCGAAGGGUACUGUUCAUCAGCAAGGAUGGCUUAUGAACUCCUGAAACGCAAUCUUCUUUCUGCUGUUUUUGUCGAGACUGUCUCCACGCGCAUCCUGGUCGGCAUUAAUUUUGUUCUUUCAGCGGUAUAUGCCAUACUGGUGAGUACGUUCUUUUUAAGCUUCGGCAAUUGCUCUAAUCUGCACUUAUCUGAUUUUUUAUUUUUUUAUUUUUUGCUGUCGAAAAAUAUGUGGAAAAUAUUUCCACUACUCCAUUAUCCUCGAUUUUUGGAGGAAUUAUGAAUGUGAGUUUAAGUCUAUCUGCUAGAUUCCUGCUGAUCAUCUCGGCAUCCAAUCGCUCGAUGGAUGUGACAAUCCUGCAUAAUUUAGUUUAGAUUUUCAAAAAGAACUGAAGGGUCAUCAGAUUCCAUCUAUUGCUACUUGGCUGCAUGAAAGAUUAAUUACCCCAAUAAUGUCUACGGCCGUGGUUUACAUUCUAAUGUAUGAUCAUAUUCUCAUGAUUUUCUCCGGGAUUGGAGAGAACCUAAAUUCGCUUAGCUGCAUGAAUGUACUCUGUAUGAUGUAUUUUCUUAAUCCUGGAUGCUAUUUAUUUGGUAUUCUUAUUGAAGUGUAUAAACUAAGAGCAUGAACCCGGCAACGGGAUGAUAUUUUUUCUUCGAAUAUACAUUUAUAUUUACACACACACAUUUAUCUAUAUAUAUAUAUAGUUCUUAUGAGGCAAAUGAAAUAAAUAAUUCUGUUUCUGUUCAUGGAUUACUUGCAUUUUCUAUUUUAUCCACCAAAGUAAAUUAUUUUAUCCCAUUUUCUUCAAACCCACAAGCACCUAGACUUGUUCUUACUCCCAUCUGGCUCGGAACGCCCAAAAAGGGAUUCAGACAGAUCUAAACAGUUCUCCUGUGGUGGUUGGUUGCAGGUGUGGGUGAUUCUGAGGUCCGUCAGCUCCCUCGGCAUGGCCUCGUACCUGGUGGCGGCUUCUUCGUGGCUGCUUCUAAUGGCGGUUCUGGGCUUCCUGGUUCAUGUCCUGGAUGAGGUCAUCGACACUGUUUACGUCUGCUUCGCCAUUGACAGAGACAAAGGGGAGGUGUCCAAGCAGGAAGUCCAUGCGGUCUACGUCCUCCUCCCAAUCAGUCGGAACGACCGGCCCUCCCUCGCUGCUAGGACCCCCCCCCUUCUUGCUUGA